AUGUCGCCCGGCUCUGACGAUGGCGCACAGCCGCCGUGUCCGCGGUCUCCGUCGCCGCCGCGGUAUGCGGCGCUGGGCGGCGACUCGUACAUGUCGCGGUCUCGCCAUUGGGGGCCGAACGAUUCGCGGCUCCCGCCGACCCCGCCGGCGACGAGUUUCCUCCGGCGAGUCCUGCGCCGUCUGGCGUGGUCGACGCUGCCCGGGAGGUUCCUGGCUGGCAAGCUGCUGCUGUGUCUACCGACGCACAGAGACCCGGAGCUGCCGAGCUGGGCCAAGGGAGACGUGACCUCCCACGUUCCGCACGUCUUCACCCCCGACGAGCCCCUCCAGCUGCGACUGGCCAUGUUCGACGCUGAGAGCAGGUGCGACGAGGAUAGUACCGAGCAGGAGCGAAGUGCAGCCGGUGUACCAGGCGGCGCACCUCCGGUCCGGUACCUGCGCUGCCAGGCUGGUACACCCCUCACCGUGCUGCAGAAGCUCAUCCGAAACAAGUUUCAGUUGGCCUCUAGCAUCCAGGUGCAGCUGAUCCAUGACGGUCGGAUUUUGCCACCCGACAUCACCCUAAUGGACGUGGGCUACAUGUAUCGACCAGCGGAGGGGUCUACCAUCGGCAUUUCAUUUCGGCUAGUCAAGCAGCAGAAGCGACCGGCCAAGCCGACCGUUCAUGCAAGUGAGGAAGAGCCUGUUGUCAAGCGAGCCAAAACUGAAGGAGAGAGUAUGGAUGCCUGCAACGAUAAGGACUCCGUCGCCAGCGAGACAGAGCAGAAAACUGCGAAUGACAUUCCCAAGACAGAUAAAACUGUCGAAGAACAAGAACAGCUUAGCGUUGCCUGUGACGAAGAAAAACCAAUCGUACAAAUUGCUGCUACCGUUUCAGAUGAUGUUGAUAAGGAGCCAGUGCCAGAAACAUCAGCCAGUGAGCAGGAUUCUGGAAUCUUCGAUUCAAUCGGGGACGACAGGUCACCUCGCACUGGAGUUGAAUCAGGCGAUGAAGAAAUGCUGGACGUAAGCAAUGAAGACAAGGAGAAGGAACCCUCCACGCCCACCCCAGCAACGACAACCGCAGUCGCGGGGACCAUUAAACAGCAAAAGGAUGAGAGCGGAUGUCAACAGGGAAACACUGCCAUCCUGCAAGAAAUCGACUUGAACCGACAGCAAGGUAACGUCGAGCGGGACCAAGUGAAGAAUAUCUUGUCAGCACUCGGAUCAUCCAACCACGGACAUAAUCCCGUCUCCCGCAGUGAAGAGACUGGGAGCACUACGGCGAAAAUGAAAACAGACGAACGAGGGAAAGAAGAUAAUCAUGAGGAAUCUGGCGGCACACAGAACACAGCUGCUCCACAGUCUGAAGACCCAGGCCCUCGAAGGCCUUCAGUUUUGGAGAGGAUGUUUGACCCUGAUGACGAAGAGCCGACGUCACCGCAAAUUGUGGAAGACAUCAUUGCUAGCUUAGACGCAGAGGAUUGCGAAGGAGAUGAUUCAGUGCCCACGGUAACUCACCUUGCCCAGAUUCCCAGAACAGACACAGCUUUGGGUCUAGUUCAGCGCCCUGUUACGAUUGCUAUUCCACGACCUAUCGUCCAUCGACUUGUAAACCCUAUAUCCCCUCUGGCUCGUGUACCGGCCCAAACCCAGGUCGCGAAGCCAACGAACUCGAUGGUAACUGACGAGUCUAAGCUGACUCCAAGUCAAGCGUCUCCUGUUCCAACGCAUCCUGAUGUGUCUAUGAAAGCUGACGUUUCACACACGAGUUCGGUUGUGACUUCUGCUCCCAGAGAAGAUGUCAUGCAGCCUCCCAGUGAAGACAUCCCGCAGCCUAGCGCUCAUCGUGUCGAAGACAGCGAUGCCGACAAAACGAAGGAAAAGGUUGAUGCAUCAUCAGUGGUGCGCACAGAUAGAUCAACAGACGGCAGUCGCCAAAGCCAUGCAAAUAAAUCUCACAAGGACGUUCCGUCAAACCCAGGCGAAAAGAAACAUGAACAGAACCUUUCAACUCCAAAUGCUUCGAGGUCUUCUCGCGAAUCACCUAAGAGUGUCAAAGGUUUGUCCGACGGUACAGGCUGUACAUCAAGUGCCCAAGCUGCUCCGAGUGCUUUGAUAACAACGCCUCAAGGCAACUCUACAGCGGAUAAGAAGGCAAGUACGGCAACUUCAACAAAAUCUGAAGUUAGGUCAUGUGCUGAGGAUGGGAGAGCCCCGAAAACAUCACAUUUCCAUAAAGAUAAAGAAGGCGAAGCACGUCCUUUGUCACUGAAGGCUACAGGUGGUGUUGUCAAGACUUUGCUUCAGCCAGACAGAAAAUGCCUAAGCAAUGCCACCAGUAGCAUUUCACAAUCAAACAGAGGAAGCGUGGGAAGCACUGGCAAGUUAGAGCUGACCAGAAAAGACGUCAGACAUGAAGCCGUCAGUGCUAAGAGCGAAACGAACGCAAUCAGCAAAACAGUCACCCCUGUGAAAGAUUCGCGAUCUGAUGUGGCAACAGCGCCGCAAGAGUCGAAUGCGUCUUCAAUCGGGAAAAAAGUUCGAGUUGACGACAGAAAUUUCGAAACAGCUGAUAGUCCAAAGCCUGUGAACAUGCUGAAGAAGGAAUCCGACAGUCUCAAGAAACAUGUCGAAAGGUCAGAGAAGAGAUCACAUCUUUUGUCCAAGUCACUAGCAACUAGCGGUAGUAGACCAGGCGCAGAGGCUCUGACUGCCACUAGUGCGGCUAUCCGGGGCAGCACAGCGAUAGCUGCUGGUGUUCGCGAAGGGGAAGUGAUCAUUGAGCGUGUGCCGAACCUUUUUGUGCAAGCUUCCUCUGCGCAACCUGAAAAGACCGAAAGUUCUUCUGGGUCGGCGCCAAUGACGUCCCCAGCUCGAUCGAAAGUAGACUGUUCAGUUCAAACCAUGCCUGUAGCGAAAGCAGGCGCUGGCAAAGAUGCUUCGGGAAGUGCUACUCCACCAAAGUCCCAAACGUCUGAUACUGAAGCAGCUUCAUCCAAGUUUUCGCAAGAAAAGCGUCCCGCCUCUGUGCCGCAAAGCGUUUCGAGCGAAAGAAAGGAUCCGGCAUCCUGUGGCAGAAGAGUGUCGACCGGUGAUUCUCAAGUGAGAAGGCCACCGGUGAGCAAUGCCCAUACGAAAGUACCGUCCCUUGUGGACAUCCACUCGAGGAAACUGUCCGAUGGUGAUCAACAACUUGCAAAGCAGUCUGUCAAUGAUCUUCCUCAAAGCAAGCCAGCUAAUGACAAAGCCACAGAGAAAGCAUUCACAGGCGCUUCAAACCUUGCAAGACAAGAAUUGGAGCGUCAGCAAGCCAAAUUUUUCGGCGUCGUGCCGAAACCUGCCGACAAUCUUGACCCUGAGGCUGCUCUGAACAGGAUUCGGUCAGAAAAGCCUCAGCCCACUGGUCAGCUAGCAUACGCAACACAUCACUCGUCUGGUGUGUUGAAGGUACCUGAUAUCAGCAACAGGACUGCAGUCAGCAAGGCUCACACGAAGACUGCUUCGAAUAAACAUCACAAAAGCAGUAAGGCAGAGCAUGACAAAAAGUUAAACAUGUCAUACACACUAUGGAAAAAUAUGAAAACAGCUGCAAAGACCGCUGCAGCGGACUCAAGGACAGCAGGACAGAUGAGUCAUCCAGUGACGGCUCCAAGCAAGCGAGAUGCCACUCCAUCCGCUAACACACCUCUUGAUUUGACCACUCACGUCAGAAAGACGGUAGCGGCGGACUCAACGUCGAUGCUUGCGAAGACGCCGUCGCCCCCACCGAAGCCGAAGCCGGCCAAACAUAAGUCAGCAAAGGCUCAAGGUACUCAGACGAUUCACUCAAUAGUGAGCAGUCUGGCGAGCCGACAACACAUCUCGUUGUCACCAAUCACAUCAAUGGCGGGAUCCGCUCACAAGGCUCCCUCGCGCUCUCGGGCUCCAACUCCUCGACCGCAAUCGCCUUAUCUGUCAUCUCACCUUCCCAUGCCGAUGCCGGUCCCGAUGCCUGAGUACUCGUUCUCAUCGGGUCUCUUCACUCCACCCCUUCACGUGAGCACCACACUCGCCAGCCAGUUGAGCUACGACAUGGCGAUGCGGAACCUCCUGACCCACAUGGCUAUGGCCCAGGGCGGCAUGGUCAGACCGCCACCCCAUAUGUACCCCACGCAUCCCAUGUUCCCUCCGCUGCCCAAGGGUCACGAGUUCCACCCGAUGUCGGACCCUUCCCUGCUUCGGCGUCAGUCCGAGGCCAGGAUGGGGGCCUCCGCCAAGAAGGCGUCUCCGACGGCAGGCACCACGGCACCGCCGCUGCGGACUCCGACGGCACUGACGUCGGCCUCAAUCCAGCACAUGGAGGACCUCACGAGGACCGUGGGCAAGAGGAAGGACCCUGAAAGACACUCGGUCACUCCUACUCAAAUUCCAUCCGGUGACAAAAUCUGCUAGUGCCGCUCAUGCAUUGUCAUUCUCGAUGACAUAAUCAGGAAUUCGCCACGUAUGCAGAAUGAUGUGCAUAGCGUAGUUUUGCACCUUGCUCAUUUGGCUGAUUUGGUCGUGAAACUUGUGUACUGUCAUUGAAAUGUUAUCCUUGGAGCUUCCCCGGGCCAAAGCGUGUUGGAUGCAGUGUGUUGGAAUCCGAUGGCCGUUUUGAUAGCUUAGAAUGGUGCUGCUUACUUUCAACUGAUUUGUUUCAUCCAGCUUCGAAGAAACGCUCUGGUCGAAAUUCAUGAGUGCCAUUGUGAGUUAAUGUCAACAUGAAACGUAUGUAUGUAAGGUUUACCAUGUAGCUUUACAGAAAUCGGCGCAAUGUAAUGCAUAGUGAGCCCAGAGCUGGCUAGAGACGUUUCUGCUUGCGAAGCUGAUGUUGAGACCUAAACAGCAGUGCUUGCAUCUUUCGAAUAGGUAAACGUGCAAUCCAGAGAGUAUGCUAUCGCAGUACAGCACUUUCGCGCGUGAGGUGCUAAACCUGGUUCCGUUUCACAUACUGCGCUGUACCUUCAGCCUUUCAUGUCGUAUGGUUCUGCACGUUGUUGUUCGUAGCGUUAUCGUCAGAUGUAAGCGUGCAUCAGCCGAUAUUGUGUUACCCUUACCAAAUAUUGUUGUUUUAAUAUAUGACGCAUGGCUAGUGGCUACUCGUUGGAAUAAAGAAAAUGAAGUGA